UGUUUUCACUGCGUCUGUACCUCGCGCUGACAUAAGACAAGUUCCUCCAAAGGGAGUUCAAAGAAGUAUUUUUAUUUAUAUUUUGAAGAAAUACAUUCAUUUAAGAAAUGUUUAUACUUUGAAAGUACAUAAUACUUCAGUAAAAAAGGCACUGAUGUUGUAUAUACCACAAGGAAGUUGAAUAUUUUGACUGAGCAAAUAUAUUUUCUUUUUGUGCAAAAUGGCAGAUUCUCAAGCCAAUCAGUCAAACCAAAAUCCAGAUUUUUUAGGAAGGAGAUUUGUAAAAAUGGAAUUGAAUCUUCCCAUUUCAUCACCUCAACAUCAGCAUAAUAAUUUUCAAUUUCGUCCUCUACCAACAACUUUAGGAUCCACUUCCACCGACAUUGGUUUUGCUACUAGUUCAAAUAAACCAAAUAUGAGCUUACCUUCUAUUCAAAAAACAACAAAAGAUCCCCUGCAAGAUAAAACAAGAUAUCGCCAUAAGCAUAAGACAAAGUCGAAGUCAAGUGCAGCUCCACCUGAAAAUAUUAAACCAAGGGAUGCAAGAUUCAAAAUAUGUCAAAACAUGCAUUCUACAGGAAAAUUAACUUUUGACGGAGUAACUUAUGAUUUUACGUCGGAUGAUCUUCAGGAUAUGGGUGAGAUAGGUAGAGGAGGCUUUGGAACAGUCAACAAAAUGAUUCAUAGAAAAUCUGGAAUUGUCAUCGCUGUGAAAAGAAUAAGAUCGACUGUUGAUGAGAAGGAACAGAAACAGUUGUUAAUGGAUCUUGAUGUUGUAAUGAAAAGUAAUGAAUGUAAAUAUAUAGUACAAUUUUACGGAGCCUUAUUCAAAGAGGGUGACUGUUGGAUUUGUAUGGAACUGAUGGAUACAUCCUUAGACAAAUUUUACAAAUUUAUCUAUGAAAAAUUGAGAAAACGCAUACCUGAAGCUAUACUUGGUAAAAUAGCGUUGGCUACUGUGAAAGCUUUGAAUUAUCUCAAGGAAGAAUUGAAGAUAAUCCACAGAGAUGUCAAACCUAGCAAUAUACUACUGGAUAAAGGUGGCAAUAUCAAACUAUGUGAUUUUGGUAUAUCUGGACAACUUGUCGAUUCUAUAGCAAGAACCAAGGAUGCAGGUUGUCGUCCUUAUAUGGCGCCUGAAAGAAUUGACCCACAAGUGGGAUCCAAGGGUUACGAUGUUCGUAGUGAUGUGUGGUCUUUGGGUAUCACGUUAAUGGAGGUAGCGACUGGUAGGUUCCCUUACCCUAGAUGGAAUAGUGUUUUCGAUCAGCUACAUCAGGUGGUUAAUGGAGAGGCACCACGUUUGACCAAUAAUAGCAACCACAAUUCUUUCACAGCCGAGUUUGUUAACUUUGUAAAUACAUGCUUAAUCAAAGACGAACACCUCAGACCAAAGUACAAUAAAUUACUACAGGAUCCUUUCAUUCUACGAUCACAGAAAGAAGUGGUGGACGUUGCCGCUUAUGUUUCAGAAAUAAUGGAUGAGAUGGCCAAUAAUGGAAUAAGUGCAUACACUACAAAUCAACAAUUUUAAGGUGGGUGAGUCUUUGUUUUGGAAUCAGCUGGAUCAUUACUCAGGUCUCUAUGAAAAGGUAUAUUUGGUUGCGUCAAAGUGUGAAUUAUUAGGUUUUCGAUGAUGAUGUUCCAUUUCGACUGGAGUUUCCCCUUGUUUCAUUUCGCAGUGCGACAAUAUUACCAAGUUUUCUACUAUUGUAGGUUAGAGAUAACUGUGAUAUCAGCGGUUAAUGAUAAACCGUUUUUGAAGUUGUUGAUUCGUUUAUUUUUCCAAAACAUUUUGUGAGAUUGCAUAUGUUGAGCCAUAUUGAAGUAGUUCUGAAAUCUUCCGCAUAAUUCCAGUCCUAAUGGAUAUUAAACUUAGUUAUUGGAGGUAAUGUUGCAUAAUGUAGGAAAGAAUAUUUUGCCGAUCACUAUUGAAUCCAGUUCGUUGUAAAAUUAAGUAAUUGAUUUGCAAUGAAUAUUUUUAAGAACAGCCUGACUUAAUUCUGAUUGAAUAAAAAGUUAAUUCAAAAUUAUUGAUCGGUGAAAAGGAUUAUAAUAAUCAAGGGAAAAGAAUAUUGUUCCAUGUUGAAAAAUUUAGAUUUACUUUCCAAAAUGUAAGUCGAAAUUGGUUUCAUUUUAGACUUACAGGAUAUGAGGAGUUGAAUAAUACACCAAUAAUAUUAGGAAUGUGAAAAUAUAUGUAUAAUAAUUUAUAUAUAGAUUGUGAAUACCGUUUUCAAUCAUAAGCCUAUAAAUAUUCAAAAACAAAUGAGAAGUGAUAAAAAGAGAAUUAUGAUUUAUUUCUUAAAAAAACUAUAUUUGUUUGAAAGAUUUGUUAUUCUUCAACUCAGUUUUCCUGUUAGACUAAUAAAACAAUAAACUGAUGAGUUCUUGACUAAUGCAAUAUGUGAACUCAUGAAGGUAAAAAAACCUAAUCUGUACAUGAUGAAUCUUUCUUCUUCUUUGUUUUUGAAUGUUUUCUCAAUCAGGUUUUUGUAAUAAUAUUGUUUAUUGAAAGAACUUCCUAGCAUUGAAUAGUUGAAUUUACCUCAAGUAAGAAAAAAAAAGUCCUUUGUGAUUUCUUUAGGCAUUGUGAUUAAUAUUUUAGUCAUUCUCAUUAUUUCUCUUUGAGGAUUGGAAAAUGAUGUGUUCCUCAAUUGAAUAAUUUCAAGGUGCUUGUUAUCCACAUUUUCUUGCAGGAUGUGUUUUCAUAAUUUAACUUAUUUAUUGAUUCUAAAACUAGCAAUAUUCUUAUAUAAGUGUCAUUGAUAUUCUAUUCAUUGAACUUUUAUAUAAAAUUGGAAAGUAUUUGUGUGCAAACAAUUUUAGAACGUCCUGUAAAUUUUGAAUUGAUCUAAAAUUUAACUUGUGUCUUAAAAAGUUGCUUGUUGUAUUUUAUUGUACAUAUAUUGAGUGUAUUGUUAAUAUUAAAUUAUUUUGUACUCAAUUGUUUUAGUGUAUUGUUUGUUUAUCAAUAAAAAUGUUGGUAAACUUGUAAAAUAAACAAAAUUCUCAGUA